UUUUGUGAUAUUACGUAAAUAUAUGUAAACAUGUAUACAUAUAUGCGUAUGUUAUUAUUACUAUUAUUAAUAUUGAUUAUUAAUAGACAGCACGAUGUAGAAAUAGAAAAGAUUUCUCGAUAGGCAGUUGAACGAUUUAUUAAAACAAAAGUUAAGUUUAUUCGGCGAAUGCAAGACAAAUGACAUCCAAUGAAAUGUCGGACAAGAAAUAUUAUAAUGUACGAGUGAUGUAGUUAGAUUUAUCCACAUUGCACAUAUCCAUAAGCGGCUGUCAUACGUUUUUGAAUUAUUAGUUUUUGAGUUCUCGACCAUAAUGAAUCCAAUUUUUACAAACCGUUAUCAGUUUGUAUGUAUGAUGAAUUAUCAUGAAAAAAAAUUAGGUAUAGGAAUUGGGCGCAUACUACUACUACCCAUACUAAGUUAUAAACUGAAUUACUAAACUGGCUCGUUGAAAGCCAAUGACAAUGGAUGAUGUCGGUGACAUCGAAGACUUGAUUUCGUCUGUUGCCGAUGUUGCUGAGAUUGGUAGAGUCAAACCUAGGAACAUUGUAUCUCUGCGUCCCAAAGUUAAAGUUAAACCAGUAAGAAGAAUUGAUCAUCCACCUUCCCAAGUCCCUGGCACCCAAACAAUAUUUAUUAAGACUUGGGGAUGUUCACACAACAGCUCAGAUGGGGAAUAUAUGGCAGGUCUUCUAUCAAACUAUGGAUAUAGAAUAACCGAGAACAAAGCUAUUGCAGAUCUGUGGAUACUAAAUAGCUGUACAGUCAAAAAUCCAGCUGAAGAUCAUUUUAGAAAUGAAAUUUCUACAGGAAAAAAAUCUGGGAAAUUUGUGGUAGUGGCUGGUUGUGUACCUCAGGGGGAUCAAAAGUCUUCUUUUAUUCAAAAUUUAAGUGUUAUUGGCGUUCAGCAAAUAGACAGGGUAGUAGAAGUAGUAGAAGAAACAUUAAAAGGACAUACUAUUCGUUUGUUGGGUCAAAAAAAGAUAAAUGGAAAAAAAGAUGGUGGUGCCAGAUUACAGUUACCAAAAAUGCGGAAAAAUAAAUUAAUUGAAAUUAUUGCUAUUAGCACUGGAUGUUUGAAUCAGUGUACCUAUUGUAAAACGAAACAUGCAAGGGGCAACCUUGGAAGUUAUCCCCCAGAUGAAAUUGUACAAAGAGCUAUAGAAUCAUUUAAUGAAGGUGCUGUGGAAUUGUGGCUAACAAGUGAAGAUACUGGUGCAUACGGGUUGGACAUACAAACAAAUUUACCAGAACUUCUUUGGCGUUUAGUGGCUAUCAUACCGGAAGGUUGUAUGAUGCGUAUUGGUAUGACUAAUCCACCAUACAUACUCAAUCAUCUAGAGGAAAUAGCCAAGAUUUUAUCCCACCCUAGAGUGUAUGCAUUUUUGCAUGUGCCUGUUCAAUCUGGAAGUAAUCAAGUAUUAGCAGACAUGAAACGUGAAUACUCAAUCGAAGAAUUUGAAACUGUUGUUACUUUUUUGAGACAAAGAGUACCUGGUGUUUCUAUCGCAACAGAUAUUAUUUGUGGCUUCCCAACUGAAACAGAAGAAGAUUUUUCUGAAACAAUGAGUGUUUGUGAAAAAUAUAAAUUUCCGAGUUUAUUUAUUAAUCAAUUUUACCCACGUAAAGGAACACCAGCUGCAAGAAUGCCCAAAAUUCCUACAGACAUGGUUAAAAUUCGGACUAAACGUCUGACAGAAUUAUUUCAUUCUUAUACCACGUAUGACCAAAGAAUCGGUGAAGUACAGGAGAUUUUGAUAACUGAAGAAGCUAAAAAUGGUAUCGAGUUGAUUGGACACAAUAAAUAUUAUGAACAGGUUUUGGUGGCAAAAGAACCAGAAUUAAUGGGCAAGUGCGUUAAAGUAAUUGUGAAGUCUGCAAAAAAACAUUGUCUAAUAGCUGAAAUGGUGGACAAACCAAGAAUUUUUAAAAAUAACCUUCAAAAAAUCAACGAUAUGUACUCGAUAUGGCCUGUAUUUGCUUUAUUAGUUUGCGUUUUAGCAAGAAUACUUUGGUUAUUGGUAUAA